GUUGUUAUAAUCAUCGCCGCUGAAAGUGAAAAGGUCAUCGCUUCCAAACCUGGCGUUGUUAAACUCCACGAUAUCAGCAUCAACUCGUGCAGCAACUUCUGUCUAAAGUUAAACCUUUAAAACACUUUAAGUGUGAGAAUGGAGGUGAUUGAGUCUAUAGUCACGAACAGCAUCGAGGUGGAACAUUCAACCAGCGCAAUUUCAACGCUGGACACCGAAAAGUCGAAAACAGAGUUCGUGUGGACGUUACAGGCCACGUGGCACCUGGUCCGUGUUCGUCUGGACAUGGAGGCGGAGUUCGAUCAGCCCGUGUGUAAGAAGAAGAGACUGUGGGAGGGCGUGGCCGAGCAAGUGACGGCGAGGUUGAGAGCCGAGGGCUACGAGGACGUCCCGGUCAGAGCCUUCGAGUGCGACCUGAAGUGGAGGAACAUGCUGGCGACGUACAGGAAGAACGCGGAGCGCGCGAAGCGUCUCGGAGCUCACGCCGUGCACUGGGAGUUCUUCAGGGACAUGCACCAGGUCCUCGGGCGCACCUACGAGGAGAUCGAGGCUCGGCGCAAAGCCAAGCUCAGGAACACCGAGCUGGGCAAAGCCGUGGCGAGCAAACGCUACACGCCCAUCCUGCCCACGCCCACCAUCACCGCCCUGCCCGGCCCCGCCCCUUCCCGCCCCCCUCAGGACGUCCUGCAGCUGUACCUGGAGCUCCAGGAACGCAAGCUGAACAUGUGGGCUCAGCAGAAGGCGCUGGAGGAGAGGAAGAUCGAAGCUAUAAACAACCUUGCGCGUGCCAUCAGCAGUCUGGCGCAGGAUGCCGCGACCACGCCCAAAAACACCGCCCUCUCACACUCACUCGCUUCAUGACUGGUUUACUCCAUCCUUAUCUACAGGUGCUCAGGUGUGUGUGAGAGAGAGACACCUGAAAAAUAAACAUCAGGAGAAAGCGCUUGAAGUAUCUCCUGAACGGACUCACACACGGGUGUGUGUGUGUGUGUGUGUGUGUGUGUGAGUAUGAGAGAGAGACACCUGAUAAAUAAACAUCAAGAAGAAGCAAAAUGAAUACA